GAGUUUGCCUCGUCGGCCACCGUAGCAGGCUGUUUAUUAGAGGUUGAGCUAACGUUAGUAGGAAGGAAGGCUUCAUGAAAGUUAGUACACUAUUACAUUUACUGGGCUGCAAAUUCCCUUUUGGUGCACACAGCAGUCGCAGCGCCACUGUUCUUCUUGGCGUGCAGACAACGUUACCACAAAGAGGCAGCUGUUAAUAACUAGUUAACAUUAGCUAGCGUCAGUGUGGCUCCACGCUAACGUUGGUUAACAGCACACUGAGCUACAGAGACAGGCGAAGCAGGUGAAGUGACUUCAUUAACGUGUUAUCUCUGUUUGCUGCGGUUAUAUUGACCUCUAAAUAGUGUGCGAGGUCCGAAGGGCGAUGUUGUCAGUUGCCAGGUCAGCUCUCACGAAAUACAGGAGGUGCUGGCUGCCCAGUCAGGCUGUGGUCAGGGCCAUGUCGUCCUCAGGCGGUGCCCCCUCCCCUUACACCACCCUCGCCAUCAGUCACCCAGCAGAGUCCAUCACACACGUAGAGCUGCACCGCCCGGAGAAACGUAACGCCAUGAACAGAGCUUUCUGGAGUGAGAUGGUGGAUUGCUUCAAUGAGAUAGCUGGCGACCCAGAAUGCCGAGUGGUUGUGGUUUCUGGAGCCGGGAAGAUCUUCACAGCUGGUAUUGACCUGAUGGACAUGGCCAGCGACGUACUCCAACCAGAGGGCGACGACACGGCCAGAAUUUCCUGGAACAUGAGAAAAAUAAUCACCAAGUAUCAAGAGACGUUCUCUGUCAUAGAGAAGUGUCCAAAGCCUGUUGUGGUAGCUGUUCACGGAGCCUGUGUUGGGGGAGGUGUUGAUCUGAUCACAGCAUGUGACAUUCGUCUGUGUACCCAGGACGCCUGGUUCCAAGUAAAGGAAGUCGAUAUUGGACUUGCAGCAGAUGUUGGAACUCUCCAGAGACUUCCUAAAGUCAUCGGCAGCCGCAGCCUAGUGAACGAGUUGGCUCUGACCGCCAGGAAGAUGUAUGCCGAUGAAGCCAAAAGCAGCGGACUGGUCAGCCGAGUGUUUGCAGAUAAGGAGGCCAUGAUGGCUGGAGCUCUGGAGAUGGCUGGGGAGAUCGCCAGUCGCAGCCCUGUAGCUGUACAGGGCACCAAAGUCAACCUGAUCUAUUCCAGAGACCACAGUGUAGCAGAGGGACUGAACUACAUGGCUACCUGGAACAUGAGCAUGCUUCAGACUCAAGAUGUGAUGAAAUCAGCUCAGGCAGCCAUGGAGAAGAAGAGUCCCAAGACAAUAGCUUUCUCCAAACUCUAAACCUCACUGACGCAAAGUUCCAGAUAUACAAACACAAAAGCUGCCAUUGUGGCCUUUCUGUGUGAAGGGGAACCACAUCUAUACUAUCUGGCAAUCUGUGGCCACUUGAGGAUGAUGUAAUGAGAUUUAAGAGAUGGAGGCUUGAAUCCACUGUUGGAAAUAUGACAGAUGGUCCUUCUUGGGAUUGGUUUCCAAAGAAAUGUAUUAUUGUUUUGGUGGAAAAGCCUUUGAAACAGCAUUUUGAUAAGUCAUCCAUGUGUAAAAUUGGAAUAAUAAGUAAGUUCAGGUUAACCUUUUCCCGCAGGUGACGUCAAACUGUAAUAUAAACGAGGGAUUUUCUGAACUUGUCGCUGUAAAAAAAUAGCUGGUUUUGUAAAUCUAUAAUCGACUUCAUGAAUGUUUAAUCUUAUUAAAGAAACUAAUCUGAAA